AUGGAUAAAUGGAUGUCUAAUUUACCCGAAGACCUCGCUAAAGUUCCUCUCUCGCUACUAGCGAUUCCUGGUUCCCACAAUUCCUGUUCAUACUGCAUUAAUGGAGAAUCUGAGUUGUCUCAAGAUAACGAAGCAUUCCUGGCUUUAAUGCUUCUUGGAAAAUUUGGCAAAUCGCUCUCCGCUCGAUGGGGUCGAACUCAGAGCGUCGGUUUAUCUGAACAACUGGCUGCGGGAAUUCGCUACUUCGACCUGCGUGUUAUUCGACGUGACAUUGACGACCUUUGCUACUUUGUUCAUGGCCAGUUUGCAAAAGAAGUGUCAGAAGAAUUGGUAAGCAUCCGCUCCUUCCUCCAAGAACAUCCAAAAGAGGUCGUCUUAUUGGAUUUCAAUCAUCUCUACUCAUUUUUUACGCCUGAUUCUGCAUCGUUUCUUGAAAAAACUAUUGUGGGGGUGAGUAACCAUCGCGUUGAGGUAUAUGCUGGGCUAAUGACGUUUUACGUCCUGUCAUUCAUGCAGGUGUUUGGCUCGAUGCUGUUUCCGCGGUCAGAAUGCAUUCCAUCCCUUAAUGAUUUGUGGGAUGGUGCUUUUCAAGUGAUCUGCUUUCUACAUGCACAAACAGAAUCACCGGUCAUGUGGACGUGUGAGAAGAUCUCCUCCCCUUGGCCAAAUACAGUGGAUGUGGACAACCUCAUCUUAUUUCUCAAUUUGCAUCCGCCGUGGGUUUUUGUGACAUUCGAAAAUUUGAGUUCGUAUAAUGUUACAAAAUGGAGUGGUGCAAUUGGGCAACGAAUCGGUUCAUGGUAG